GAGUUUUAUUUCGACUAGAAAUUUGAAGAGUUUAGAUAUAGUUUUUGUUUGAUCCUACUUAUUCAGUGAUCAGUUGUUAGCUGACAUUAUUUCAUCGUUUUAAAUAUUAUAGAUAGCUUGAAGUGGUUUCAAAUUGCUGUUGGAGUGUUUUUCGUGAUUUUAAGCUUAUUAGCAGUGCAGAAAUUAAAAUUGUGUAGCAUAAUGGCGCCUAUAAACAAUGAAUAUGACUACGAUUUGGUUGUGAUUGGAGGCGGAUCAGGAGGACUAGCCUGUGCAAAGGAAGCGGUGGCUUUGGGGGCAAGGGUUGCAUGCUUAGACUAUGUUAAACCUUCACCAGCGGGUUCUAAAUGGGGUCUGGGAGGAACUUGUGUGAAUGUUGGAUGUAUUCCUAAAAAACUUAUGCAUCAAGCAGCCCAUUUGGGUGAAGCUGUACAUGAAUCUAUGGCAUAUGGCUGGCAAAUUCCAGAGCCAGAGAAGAUAUCAUCGAAUUGGAAUAAAUUAGUUCAAGCUGUCCAAAAUCAUAUAAAAUCUGUAAACUGGGUUACCCGUGUUGACUUACGAGAUAAAAAAGUGGAGUAUAUUAAUGGCUUAGGUUACUUCAAAGAUCCUCAUACAGUAAUAGCUAAGAUGAAAAAUGGAACAGAACGGUCCAUAACUGCGCAGAAUGUGUUAAUCGCGGUAGGUGGACGCCCAAGAUAUUCACCAAUACCUGGGGCUGUAGAGUAUGGUAUCACUAGUGAUGAUAUCUUUAGUUUGGAUCGUGAGCCAGGAAAGACCCUUGUUAUUGGCGCUGGGUAUAUAGGAUUAGAAUGCGCCGGCUUCCUUAAAGGCUUGGGAUACGACGCUACAGUUAUGGUGCGUUCUGUUGUUUUACGAGAAUUCGAUCAACAAAUGGCGGGCAUUAUAAAAGACUCCAUGGUUGAGCGUGGGAUUAAAUUUUUGUUUACCACAUUGCCAAAUUCUAUCGAGAAGCAAAAUGAUGGUCGUUUGAAAGUUAAAUGGACCAACUCCAAUACAGGGGAAGAAGGAUCAGAUGUCUUUGACACAGUACUUUUUGCUAUCGGCCGCAAAGGUUUAGUUGAGGACCUUAAUUUAGGUUCGGCUGGUGUGGAAGUAAAAAAUGAUAAAAUUCUAGCCAAUGAUGCAGAACAAACAAAUGUUCCACAUAUCUAUGCGGUUGGUGAUAUUUUGCAAGGCAAAUUAGAACUAACACCAGUAGCUAUACAUGCCGGCCGUUUACUAGCCCGUCGACUAUUCUCAGGAUCAACGCAGUUGAUGGACUAUGCCAAUGUGGCUACAACUGUGUUCACUCCAUUGGAAUAUUCUUGUGUUGGUUUGUCAGAGGAAGUGGCAUUACAAAAAUAUGGUGAAGACAAUAUAGAAGUUUUCCAUGGUUUCUACAAACCAACAGAGUUUUUCAUACCUCAAAAAAGCGUUCGCUAUUGUUAUCUUAAAGCUAUUGCUGAAAGAAGCGGGGAUCAGAAAGUACUGGGAUUGCAUUACGUUGGACCAGUAGCAGGAGAGGUUAUGCAAGGAUUUGCAGCUGCUGUAAAAGCUGGUCUCACAAUGAAAAUUUUAUUAAACACUGUCGGAAUUCACCCAACUACUGCAGAAGAAUUCACCCGACUUUCCAUUACAAAGCGAUCUGGUCUGGAUCCUACACCUGCAACUUGUUGCAGUUAAACGGAACGAUUUAUAGCAAUAUAAUUUUAGGCAAUGUCUAACAUUUUCUAAAAGAAAACAAUAAAUUAAUUAAUGUACUUA